CUGUUUGUGGCUUUGGCAAGCUCUGCGGAUUCAGCAAGUCAGAGUCCAGAUUCAUGAACAGUCUAUUAUAUCCUCACACGGACUGUGAGCAGGACAUGUGUUUGACUGCCUCUUAACAUCACAACGGCAAACAGAUUAACCACAGGAAACAGGCAAAGCUGCCAGAAAAUUUUUCUUGCUUUCCCAGAAACAAGAUUCCGGACUUGGCAUGUUUAUACAAAAUCUUUGUGAAUUAUGCUCCCUCUGUGUAUUCAUUUAUUCAAAAAGCUAUGAAAGGAUGUAACACAAUGAUUAAUAUGAUGUUAGUAGAGAAUAAAAAGGUCAUGAUUGCAAUAGCUAUACUGUUAUAUAACAUUUAUAGUGUACUGUGUGUUUUGUGGGAGAAGGUGAUAUAGAGAUUACACAGAUCUUGAAGUGGUUCUGACAUGCUGAUGAAGUGUGGACACACCCUGGUUUUAGUCAGGAGAGAAAAUGAAGGAAAGCUGUAUGCAUUCUGGACCAGGCAGGAUAAAUAGUGGUUUCCAACAGCACGUCACCUCCGGCCAGAUUUGUUGCAUAAUGAGAAACUGAAGCAUAGUUUAAGACUCUGGAGGAAGCAGCACGCCAAUCCAAGCAACAGUAUUGCAGUUGGACUGGUGCUUAGGAAUUUUUGCGAGUGAAAUUAAAACCUUCAGGUUUGAGGAAGCAAAAGAAAGAUGAAAACAAGGUUCAAAUGAAUAAAAAUCCCAGAUUUUCCAUGUGUUCUCAGACCUUUGGACCCCAUUGACAAUUAUGUUCCAUUCAGCUGACAACCACUCAAACAGUCCACUAGAGCCAUGGCAACGCUCACAGUGAGCUGCAUUAAAGACCGUCAGAGGGCCUAGCCUGUUUUACUGCCCUGUCUACAUCUUACAUUGGCUGACUGACCCUACACAGUGCCACCACUGUGCUUCACUGAAACAUCCUGGUCUCUAAAUAAGAUGAUCCUGUGUAGUCACAUGUCUUUUGCAGUGCUGUACUGCAUACUGUGGCUCGCUGUGCCUGUCCUGCUGCGCUCUGAAUUCAAGGUGGCCUAUGUCACCGAGCGCAGUGUAUACAUGUGCACGUGUGCGCAGGAUCUCGGCUUCUGCGAGAAAAUGAACUCCAGCGAAUGCAGCAACUGCAAGAACCAAUCACUUGUGCUUCAGAAGGCUGAGAGCCCCAGCCCGGUGCAAAAGAAGCGCCUGACGGUCUGGUACACCUCACCCCUUAAUGUGGCCCUCCUGUUGAACAACUCAGAAGUUAGGCACCUGUCAUUGGUCCAGUGCAAACCCGCUGUUGACCAGCCUAUCUCAUUUGACUACUUCACAGUACAGCGUCUGGAAACUCUAACAGUCACCUAUCCAUUCUGGAAGCCUGGCCUGAGUUAUAAUAUCACAAUUGGCAAAGACAGAGGCGCCCCCUACCAUGAGGAAGCGAGAAUCGCAGUCAUUCACACCUCUGUGUUGACUGGAAAAACAGAGCUAAAAUCCUACACUGUCCAAACCAAAGUGGACCGCAACGGCAUGAUGUCCUUCCCAGACAUUUACAUGUCUCGCAAUGGGCUUUCGGAAAUGUCCAGGAUAUUUGUCACUUUUCUGUACUGAGAAGCCUUUGAAUCUACUUCCCCAAUUUCCACAGGCAUAUUGUAGUAUUUGAUCAUAACACACUUUUCAUCUAGCUAUUAUAUACUAUGAUGUUACAUAGUUGCUCUCACUAUUAAACAAAUAACUGUUCUGCAUAUUUGGUAAUGUAUAUAAUUUAUAUAGUAAUGUAUAUAAUCAAUAUACAAAUAUAUAAUAUAAAUUCUUAUUGCAAAUAUUGACCACAUGCAUGUCAUUUUCUGAUUAAAGGCCAUGUACAAAGACUUUAUUAAAAAAAAGAAAAGAAAAAAAGACUUGGCAACACUUUCUAUAAAGACCAUAUUUAGAAUGCAUUGUAAAGGUAGUAAAAAUGCAUUAUAAUGCAUCUGUUAUGUCUCAUAAUACGUUUUGUAAUAUGUUAUAACUUCACAAAAAUAAUUGUAACCACAAUAAUAAUACAUAAUCACACUUACCAUUUUAACAUGACCAACAUAAAAUUU